GAAUGAAAGCCUGCUGCCCCGCCCACCCAUCUUCAGUGGCUUUUUUAGACAUCAUUUAGCUCUCACUGAUGAAAAGAUCCCUUUUUCUGACAAAGAGGGACACAUUUGAGAGAAUCUGCGGAUGCCCCAGUGACAGGCGCAUGCACCGGGGUGGAGAUCCGGGAUCCGAGCACCUUAUCUGGAGCGGCAACUUUCGGCUCUCAGGUGGGAGUUUGUGGAGGAGGACGGAGAAGAGCAGAUUAUAAGCGACGUCCGAGAUUCUCCCACCUGUGGAUCUCUUGAGCUCCUCCAGAGCUACCUUUUCCAGCUUGUGAGUUCAGGUUUACAGUAAGAUCCUGAUGGCGCUAGCCCGGGAUCCAGGGGUGGGCCAGGAGCAGAGGGACGCGGCCGACCAGAACUUUGACUACAUGUUCAAGGUGCUAAUCAUUGGCAACAGCAGCGUGGGAAAGACAUCCUUCCUGUUUCGCUAUGCCGAUGACUCCUUCACCUCAGCGUUUGUGAGCACAGUAGGCAUCGACUUUAAGGUCAAGACUAUCUACAGGAAUGACAAGAGGGUCAAGCUCCAGAUCUGGGACACAGCAGGACAGGAACGUUACAGGACCAUCACCACAGCGUACUACAGAGGAGCCAUGGGGUUCCUGCUCAUGUAUGAUAUCACCAGCCAAGAGUCCUUCUGUGCCGUUCAGGACUGGGCAACCCAGAUCAAGACCUACUCCUGGGACAGCGCUCAGGUGGUGCUGGUGGGCAACAAGCUUGACUUGGAGGACGACAGACAAGUACCAAAAGAGGAUGCCCAAAGAGUGGCAACAGAGCUCGGGUUUCAGUUCUUCGAGGCCAGUGCCAAAGACAACAUCAACGUGAAGCAGGUCUUCGACAAGCUGGUGGACCUUAUCUGUGAGAAGAUGAAUGAAAGUGUCAACGGUGAAACCAGCCAGUCAGUCAAUCAGAAGGCGGACACCUUGAAGGAUAAACCUGUCACAAGUCAAGGAGGUUGUGCUUGCUGAUGGCUGAUGGGAGCCAAUGCUUCUCACAACAUAUUUCAUUUCGCACCUAUAAACAGAUGAACUUCAUUGGAUUUUUCUCCUCAUCCCUGAGGUGGUUCAAGAGAUCUCUCAUAAUUUCCUCAGACUGUUAUCCAGUAAAGCCAAAGAGCUUCCCUUCUGCCUUUGUUCACAGCUUCCCUGCAUUAACAAGUGAACCUCACCUGUUGCAGUUGAAAAUGUGAACCAAAUCAGCAUGGCCUAGGAACCUUCAUUAGAUUUACUUGUGUUGCGCUACCCCCCUGUGGCCAAUUUGUGGAAAUGCAUCACUGAAUUGAAACAUUUCUGAAUGUCGAGGACAAGCUCAUCUGCAGAUGUUGCGCUUGUCUUGUAAAAAGCAUGAAACUUGUUCCUUUGGAAAGAAAUCUGACUUUAUUUAACUUAUUUCUCUGUCAUGUAUGUUUAAUGAUUGUCAGUUUACUGUUUCAUUUGUCGGGUUUGUAACCUCUUAAAGUCUAAAUUAAAAGAUCUAUGUCUGUGCA